CCGUGCAGGCCCCGCCCCUGCCUCCUCCCCUCCCCUCUCGCUGCUCCCGGAGUAGUUGGUGCCAGUGAAGUGAGGACGGCGAUGAGAGCGAAAGUUGCGCCCGGCUCGGCGCUGGGGGCUUGAAGCGGCUCCGCGCUCUGCCUGUCUGGGCCUCCCCGUGCUCAGACUCGCGCCCGUGGGGUCCCGGCCCGCCCGCCUGGCCCCGCGCCCGCCCCGCACCCCCUCCCCCGGCUUUGCGCCCCCUCCUCAGGAGUCGCGGGUCCCCGCCACUUUCGCACAGCCCCGGCCCCCGUCGAUGCCGGCCAUGGUGGAGAAGGGCCCCGAGGUCUCAGGGAAGCGGAGAGGGAGGAACAACGCGGCCGCUGCCGCCUCCGCCGCUGCCGCCGCUGCCUCCGCCGCCGCCGCCUCGGCCGCCUGCGCCUCGCCCGCCGCCGCCGCCGCCUCGGCCGCCGCCGCCGCCUCCUCCGCCUCGACCGCCGCCGCCUCGGCCGCCGCCGCCCCCAAUAAUGGCCAGAAUAAAAGUUUGGCGGCGGCGGCGCCCAAUGGCAACAGCAGCAGCAACUCCUGGGAGGAAGGCAGCUCAGGCUCGUCCAGCGACGAGGAGCACGGUGGAGGCGGCAUGAGGGUCGGACCCCAGUACCAGGCGGUGGUGCCCGACUUCGACCCCGCCAAACUGGCAAGACGCAGUCAAGAACGCGACAAUCUUGGCAUGUUGGUCUGGUCGCCCAAUCAAAAUCUUUCAGAAGCAAAGUUGGAUGAGUACAUUGCCAUUGCCAAAGAAAAGCAUGGGUACAACAUGGAACAGGCUCUUGGGAUGCUCUUCUGGCAUAAACAUAAUAUUGAAAAGUCAUUGGCUGAUUUGCCCAACUUUACCCCUUUCCCAGAUGAGUGGACUGUGGAAGAUAAAGUCUUAUUUGAGCAAGCCUUUAGUUUUCAUGGGAAAACUUUUCAUAGAAUCCAACAAAUGCUUCCUGAUAAAUCUAUAGCAAGUCUGGUAAAAUUUUACUAUUCUUGGAAGAAGACGAGAACUAAAACCAGUGUGAUGGAUCGCCAUGCCCGGAAACAGAAACGGGAGCGGGAGGAGAGUGAGGACGAACUGGAAGAAACAAAUGGAAAUAAUCCCAUUGACAUUGAGGUUGAUCAAAACAAGGAAAGCAAAAAGGAGGUGCCCCCUACUGAGACAGUUCCUCAGGUCAAAAAAGAAAAACAUAGCACACAAGCUAAAAAUAGAGCAAAAAGGAAACCUCCUAAAGGAAUGUUUCUUUCUCAAGAAGAUGUGGAGGCUGUUUCUGCCAAUGCCACUGCUGCCACCACGGUGCUGCGACAACUAGACAUGGAAUUGGUUUCAGUCAAACGACAGAUCCAGAAUAUUAAACAGACAAACAGUGCCCUCAAAGAAAAACUUGAUGGUGGAAUAGAACCAUAUCGACUUCCAGAGGUCAUUCAGAAAUGUAAUGCACGUUGGACUACAGAAGAGCAGCUUCUCGCCGUACAAGCCAUCAGGAAAUACGGCCGAGAUUUUCAGGCAAUCUCAGACGUGAUUGGGAACAAGUCAGUGGUACAAGUGAAAAACUUUUUCGUUAAUUAUCGACGCCGCUUCAACAUAGAUGAAGUUUUACAAGAAUGGGAAGCAGAACAUGGUAAAGAAGAGACCAAUGGGCCCAGUAACCAGAAACCUGUGAAGUCCCCAGAUAAUUCCAUUAAGAUGCCUGAAGAGGAAGACGAGGCUCCUUCUGUUCUGGAUGUCAGAUAUACAUCUGCCUCCUGAGGAACUCUGGUGGCUUUGAACAAUUGGUGUGGACUACUGUGUUAUCCGGGAUAUCAGGUAUUACGAGACAUCACCUAGCCAUCUGCAUCACAUCUCUCUGGACAAGCAGCUAUUACCAAAAAAGGCAUAUCCUUCCAGUCCUGUGCUCCAUCUGCCUUAAUUCUUUGCUCGUUCCUCCAUGUUGGCGCCACUUCCCAGAGAGCUCCACUGCAUCUCUCGCGCUCUGCCUCCGUGCUGGGGAAUCUCAUGGCCUGCACAUCUCUUGUGACUCUGGGAACCGCCUCCCCCGCCGGAGCCCCUGAGCCCCAUCAAUGGCAGCUCUUCCCAGUCAGCAGCUUCAGAGCAGGCAGUCUCCUCGGAAGGCCCGACUCUGUUCCUGCAUGGCCUGCAAUUUCUACUUUGUGUAUAGAGUAAUUUUCAGAGUAACCGCGACGCUGUUGGCGUUCUAGAAAGUUUCUCUUGUUCUUUUCUGAGACAGCCACCUAAGUGAUAAUCUGCUUUUUUUGGAAAUCACAAUAUAUUACCAGACUACAUCAUAACCUUUAUCAUGCCAAGCAUCCUGAUGCAACUCACAUUUUCCUAAACAUGGGGUAUAGUUACAGUUUGUAAAUUGAGUUGGCUUAAAUCUCUUCCUUCUCCCUUCCCAAGUGUUACAAAGCUCAUUCACUGCAACUGUCCUUGGACACUAGCUUAAAGGGAACGUGGACCUCAAUGCUUUCUGCCUUCAACUUUUCAGCAUUGUGACCCCAGGGUGGGUACCACCCCAUCUUUUCCUGACCCCCACCCCCACCUCCAAGAGGUUUGGCCCACAUCACUGUACCUGGUGCUUGUACAUUUGGAAUUGGUGCCUUCUCCUUUUGGCAACCAUGGUAUCAAUCCUUUUUCUGUUUUAGUGUCUUAUUUCUUCUUUCAAGUUAUUUGCUAGCCAAAGAUGACAUCACUGAGAUGAGGAGACGGGAGCUUGCUGCAGAUUCUGACAGAGCAGAUUGUAAAUGUCAGUGUCAGAAUGUUAGAAUAGCUGCGCUGGUUUCUGAAAGCUGCAUGUUGUUCCGCAUUUUCUCAGUUCGCCUGGCCUUUCAUGUGGCACUCCGUAUGCCCGUGUGUGUCCUUCAUGUGCUGAUGUGAUGACACAAACACCAUCCACACUCUUAAUAUCAGAGUACAGGACAGAGAAGUGAUCAAUGUACUGGUCUAGUGAGACUGAGAUGAAGAGAAAUCACCUACAAAGUGGUCUGUAAUGCCUUUUGGUUGGACUGGGAACAAGUAAAAUUUUCUCAUAAACAUGUUGAGACUUCCAGAAUCACUUUUGUUAUCUUACCAGACCAUGGGCCGCUGAGGGUUGAGGAGCAGACUGUCAGACGGCAUUCUCACAUGCCCUGUUCCCACCCCACGGCCAUUCAGACUGCACUAAAUACGUUGAAGUCGCUUUUGUUGUUGUUUGCAUCAUUUAAAUAUUUUUUUCUGCUUUCAAUACCAAAAAAAAAAAAAAAAUGCAGAUGCUUUAAGGCAUAAACAGAAUUCUUAAGAAUUUAAAAUAUGCAAUUAAAAUUUGAUAUGUUUUGACUCCCAAGCACCUUGUUUUUGUUGUUGUUGUUGUUGUUGAAGUCAGCUGAUUUUCCCUUUAGAAAGAGGGUCAGCUAGAAACCUAGGUAUUUUGGAAUUGUUAAUUGCAUUUUAGUAUAGUCUGGAGAAAGGUCAUUCAAAAGGGAAGUACAAUGGGACUUGCCCGCCCUUCAUCAUCUCAUUCCCGUACCAGGUGUGUGUUGGUCACAUAAGCGCCUGGGAAGCAGCAGAGGAGUCCCAGUUGUCGCUGCUACCUGGAGACAGGGCUAGCAAAAUAACACUAGUGUUGAGGGAAGGCCUUUUUUUAAAAAAAAAAAAAAAAAAACAAAAACAAAAACAAAAAACCAUAAGCCUGCUGUGUACACCGAGGGCGGCGGGAGAAGCAUGAGAAGGAGUCAGCCUAAGUUUGCACAUUGCGUAAAGGGGACACUAAGGUAUGAGCCGAAGCUUUAGGUUCUCCUUGCUUCCCUCAAGACUUCCUUCCUGUAACAGAAGCAGCAGGCAAUUGCUGCAGUGCGUUUCUUGCCCAGCCAGUAGGUCUGUGUCUCCCGUAAGGAAAAAUAGCCUGAUCCCUUCUGGCAGCAUUUGGAAGCUUGAUGCUAAUUCUUACAUAGCGUGGCAAGCCAGCCACGAGUGCCAGGCCUUGAUCUGUAUUCUGCACUAUGCCCUUACUUGGUUCCUGGCAUUGAGUGGUCCCCCAGCCCUGAAGAAUCACUUGAGAUCAUCACAGCAGCUGAACUAGGCUUUCUCCCCAAGGGGCAGGGGCAUGUCGUUUUCAUUUGACGGGGAAAAGAGGUAGCUGUCCUUGACUGCCUUUGUUGUGGUUUCCUGCGUAAGAUAGCACUGUUUUCAACUUUUUUUCAUUACACUGUCUUUGCAAUGAUGUAAAUGUAAGAAAUCACUUGGCUUUAAAAGCGAAGUGGUUGGUUAUUUAUGUGAAGACUUUUUAACAUAUCAAGAAUUAGGUGCGUUGGCAGGUAGGGUUUGGGAUGUGGUAACUGCUUCAGAUGGAAUGUUCACUUAAACUUUGUCUUCUUAAAAGUUAUCAAUGUGAAUGUCAUAAUUAUAUAUAUUUUUGUGGAAAUUUUUCUCAUAAGUUAUUGUGCAAAAUAUAGUAUCAUUGAUGCAAAUAAUAGUUUUAAACUUUUAGUUUAGAAACCCUAAAAGAUAUAAAUUGUAUUACAUAUGCAUUAAAAGUUUGUUUUAUUUAAUUUUAUGUAGAUGUGUAAAGUGUUAGGUAAACUUAUUUUCACUUAUCCAUUUAAACACCUUGUUACUUGAAUAUUGUGUUGACUGGUCUGCAACAGUGAUCCAUUCUGUAAUAUAGCUCUUUUAACUGGGAAGGAACCACGCCCCAGUUGUGCUGAUUACAUUCGUGGUGGCUCACAGGUGGGUGCUGGUGUUGGCAGGAGCCGGAGGUUAGUGUAACGCAAUGCCGCGUUAUCUUGGUGCACAGAAUUUGUGGAGACGCCGCUUCCUCAAAAUGGUUUUUGAUCAUUUUUUAUCUAUAAGACCUUUUGAUGCUCACAAACCUCUAUUCAACACACAAAACAAAACGGAAAAGGUAGUUGGGUUGUAAAAGCUUACUGUGGUGGACUCAUUAAGCAGUGGUUUUCUGUUCAUAGAAAGUUUCCUCAAAUACCACACACCACUGUUAGCUGUGCUCAUUGUCACUUUAAAUUUCAGCUAUGCCCUAUUUUUGUCAUUCUAAGUAUCAGACGUACUAUUGGUAUAAUUGCACACCAAAAAUCAGCCAAACUGUGCAUUACGCUGACUGGAUCCCUGCUUUUAUGUGAGCUAAGAAAAGAUGGAGCCAACUCCAACAAGGGCCUCUUUUUCUCUCUUGUCUAGCCUGUUUCUAAACCGAAUGACCCAGGAUUCAAGCUUUUAAUAUCAAGUGAAACUUUGCCUCAGAUGGACUCCAGGUAGUUUAGGUCAUCUAUAUCUAGCGGUCCUGUGCGAUGCUGUUUCUGCCACUCCCUGAAUCUCCGCAGCUUCUCUUAUGUUGUAGUAAAGCACAAUUGCAGCGACGUCGCAUCAGAAGAAGGAAGGUCAGCAGAGGUGAUGCAUGUUGUAUGAUGAUGAGUGUUUACAGCCACCUUCUCCUAAGAAGAAAAUUUACACUGGGGUGGGUAGUAUUCCAUUAUGUAGACUUAUCGACUUUGCUAAGUGCUUUUUAGACUGCUUAAAAAAUUUUCAAGAUUUUAAAAGAUGUAUAAGGUUAAGUUUGCAAAUAUAAUGGAAAUGCUGUAUAUCUUUUGAAGUGAUAAAAUCCACGUUGGAAUUUUAAAGAAAAUAUGCUGUAAUAAUGCUGUUGUAAGUAAUAUUUUAAUGUCUCUUUGCCUGUUUUCUAUUUCAGCACAUUCAUUGUGGUGAAUGUUCAUAGCAUUAUAACCGCUUAGCCAUUGAAUGAUAACAUUUGUUAGUGGAAAUUGGAAAAUUUAUUUGUGAAAUUCUGCAGAAUUCAUUUUUCUAUUUCCAAUAUUUGCUGAGGUUAAAUAAAAAUUUUCAAGCCAUUGAUGUAAUAAAAUACGAAACCAAAGCA